ACCGCCGGCCUGUGCAGUGGUGUGCAGCACGCUGUCACUGUCUCAACCAGCGGUGUGUUACGAAUGCGGUCAGUCGGCUAAUUCAACGCGUGUUCAUUAAUGUUACGCGUCCAGUUGAUAAAAACCGCCUCCUGGCAUGCGAUCGCUUUCAGUUGUGAGAGCUGCUCUCCCCCGCAAGCAGCUCUCUGAGUGAGCUGCGGCGCGCACGAGCGCGAGAGCUAAGAAAUUGAUGCGCGUCGCAGUCGCUGCGGCGGCCCUGCUCGUGAAAACGGCGGCGCUUUCAAUGGCAGCGCGCGGCCUGCCGCUGCAGCCCUCAGGCAAGGUGGUCAUCCUGGGCGGCGGCUUGCAGGGCUGCGCGUCGGCCUACUACCUCAAGCAGCGCGGCUUCCAGGACGUGACGAUUGUGGAGCGAACUUCUGUAGCGGCGGCAGCGAGCGGCAAAGGUGGUGGCUUCCUCGCCCGCGGCUGGGGCUCCGGGCCGACGAGGCCUUUGCACGAGGUGUCGUUCGACCUCCACGCCGAGCUGGCGAAGACGCUCAACCUCAAGACCUACCGCAAGAUCAAGACGUUAUCUGUGACGGGCGAGCUCGGCCUGCGGGGCUGGCCGCCGGCCGACAAGCCCGCGAAGGCGCCGUUCUCGCCCGACGCGCCGGCGUGGCUCGACAAGGAGGACACGGGCGCCAAGCUCAUGGACCCGGACACGGCCCAGGUCGUGCCAAAGGAGCUCUGCGAGGCCCUGUUUGCGGCGAGCGGCGCCAAAUUGGUGGAGGGGCGCGCGAGCGGCCUCGAGAUGGACGGCGACGCCUGUACCGGUGUAAACGUGGACGGCACAACGGUCCCUUGCGACGCGGUUGUGUGCGCCAUGGGCGCAUGGAGUGUACUACUCGAGGACUGGAUCGGCGCCGAGACAGGGCUCUCCGUGCCGCUGGAGGGCGUAUACUCGUCGUCGAUUGUCUUCGAGGGCUCGCCGGAGGUCGCCGCAGAACCCUGCGCUCUCUUCUGCGCCGAGGACUCGAACAGUUGUCAUUUGGAGGUGUACCCGCGCGUCGACGGGAGCGUGUACCUGUGCGGCAUCGGCGGCUCGGACCACGUGCGAGGAGCGCGGCUGCGCGAAGGUGGGGACCUCCAGGACGCGUCGCUGAUGAAGGCGAACCCGGACCGUCGGUAGCCGUGUCUGAAUCGUGUCGAUGGCGCCCUGCCGUCGCCGCGACGACGCUCGACGCGUCCUCCACACAGGUGUCGCCGCCGCCGUGGCUUCUUUCCAGGGCAUGGCGCCCUUCGCGCGCGGGCAGACUCCAAAAAUCGAGCAGGCCUGCAUGCGCCCGUGCGCGCCGGACGCGAUGCCCGUGCUCGGGCUCGUCCCCGGCACGGCGAACGUCGUCUGCGCCUACGGCCACAACUGCUGGGGCAUCCUUUGGGCGCCUGUGACGGGGCUGCUGAUCAGCGAGCUCCUAGCGGACGGCCGCGUCAAGGCUAUCCCCUCGCUCGACCCGUUCUCGCCGCGGCGGUUCAUGCGGCGCGCGCCGAAACGGGGCCGGGCCAGGGGCGACGAGAGGGUCGGGGAGCAAUGGUAAGGCGCUAGUUAGGAGCGCAAUACGUCAAGAGGGGC